AUGCAAGAGACUUUGUACCGGUUCCGCCAAAUGUACAGACUAUUGAAGAACCACAAGUCUUAAGCUUAAGUAAUAUUUGCAUGGUGGAUGGUUCAUGGACUUCCACAGCUCAAUUUAAUGGCAUAGGAUAGGUUUGGAAGGAUGCAAUGGGGAAGAUACAACUCAUGGGGUCAAAGAACUUACGGAGGAGGGAGACAUCGUUACACUCAGAACUGGAAGCGUUAAAGUGGGCAAUGGAGAGCAUGAUACAACACUCGACUUGUCAAAAGUUUGGGACGGACUGCAAGGAUCUGAUAGCGAUGAUAGAGCAGCCACAAGAUUGGCCAACUUCUCAACUGAGCUGGAAAACAUUCAAACUCUUCGGUUGUGUUUUUCAGACUCCAAUAUCACCUACGUUCCAAGGAUGCAUAAUGAGAUUGCGGACGCGCUAGCUAGAAAUGCACGUUCUUUUCAUAGAUCAUUAUGUUUUAUUGGUUGUUCUAUUCCGGUCUGGCUUCCCAAACCACCUCAAGUUUGAGUAAUAGAAAAGCCGUUUGUUGUCAAAGAAAAAAAAAUAAUUUAAAGCUAUUUUAUUUUGAAAAAUCAUAUUUUAAAUUGUCAAAUUGAUAUUCUUACUUACAUUCGAGACAAAUUUUAUAAGAUAACACACUAAAAUGUUUUGUAUUUUCAACAAUGGUUAUAUUAUGGGAAAUAGGGUUGUAUAACUAUGAAAAAACGGUAAUUCACAAAGUAGCUAUUUAACCUAAUGUUUCUAUACACACUGUUACAAUUACAUAUUAAUACGCUUAUACCCCUCAAACAUCACCACCCAACCUGCUGCUAUAAUUAAAUAAAUAUUUUACGAAAAAUCCCUACAAAAAUAAUUUGUGUCUCACCGUCGUUCACAUCUUUCUCUGUUAACUUCUGUGGUAAAUUUGUAGCAGUCGAAAGGUCUUCAGCACCAAAUUCCUCCAACGCCUCGACUCUGCAUGCAAUCGACAGAGUUUCCAUCUCCUUCGUCCUCCAUUGUCAUCUCCUUCGUCCUCCAUUGUCACUUGUUUUCGGCGUUAGGGGUCUCCGUUAGGGUUUAAGCGGCGGUUAGUAGCACACCCUUUCUACCGAACUUCUCCAACUCGAUUCUUCUCAAAUCUCUGAAACUCCCGUAAGUUCUCCUUGUUUUCCAUUGAUUCUCUUCACCGUCUUUUCGUCCCUGCUUAUUUUCUUUCAGUUUGGGGCUCCUCUGAGAAUUAGGGUACAGAAGGUGUUGUAUAUAAAUGGAAUAAUACAGAUGUCUGUCCGUAUAGUAUAGUAAUUGUAAUAUUGUUGAUGAAAUUUUCUAUGUUGAUGACGAAGAAUUGUAGAGUUUCAAAGACUCUUAUGGUGAGAGACAAGACUUGUGCAGUGGCGAUCACCUCUAUCUCUACAAUCGAAACCAAUGUAUUUAUUUAUGCAUAUAGAAUAGAAAUAUAAAACAUUAUGUAUUUUCAUAUUUUGUAAUAUGAUAUAUUUUGUUACUAUACUAUUUUAUCAUAUUCCAUUCUAUUUGACGGUUACUAAAAAGUGAUUUAUUUUGUUUAUAAAUAUAGUUUUUAAUUUUCUUAAGUUCUCACUAUGACUAUGGCUACAUGUUUUUGAAUCUGUAAAAAACAUACUAUGAUCUACAUUGUAUAAUUUAAUAUUACAUAUAUAAUAUUAUGUACUUUUUAGAUUUUGAUAUGUGGGUUUAGGGUUCAUAUUUAGGUUAGAGUUUAGGGUUUAGUAUUUAAAAGGUGAGAUGGUAUAGUUCGGGUCAUCAUUAACUUAUUUCCAUGCAAUUAUAUACAUUUUAUAAUUUUACCAAUAUGUAUUGUGUUAUUUAUUUUGUUCCAUUCUAUUUGGGUUUAAAGAUUAUAUUUAGGUUUAGGGUUGAGGGUUUAGGGUUUAGAGAAUACAACUUGUCUGUGAGAUCUUUUAUGCAUAAUCUAUUUGAAAUAGAAUAUGAAAAAUUAUAUGUUAAAACUAUUCAAUUUGAGAUGGAAUCGAUUGAAUAACUAUUCUACUUGAGAUGAAAUUGCAUGAUCUGUACCGAAUGCGCUAUCGUUCUUCAUCAUUGUAAUGUUUGAAAUAUAAAAAGUUCAUUUCUAUAUAAAAUACAAUGGAUUACUCUGUUAUAACCAUGUUUCCAUAGGUUAUCAUUUGAGAAGCAUUGAGUACUUAUAACACAUAUAUCUUGGCCAGUAAUACGUGAACUAUACUAUUUAUCUAUAUGGAAUAACAAUUUCAAUAACAUCAAAUAUCCAUUACGUGUAUGUAUGUUAUGUUACACAGACAAAUAUUAUUCCCAAUGUCGAUGCAUAUUCUUUCAUCAUAUGUGUUAAAUAUAUCUGAUGUACGCCUUCAGUACAGUUAUGUGAUAGUUAAUAAGCCACAAAAAAAACAACCACGUCAUUUACUUUUCACAAUGCAACUGGAAACUUGUUACUGGAAAGAGUAUAACCGGUUAGAUUGGGUGCAAAAAGCUUGACAUUUAAUUAUGUCAAAAUCAUGACUAUUUACUUAAUUUGACACUCAUAUAUGGCUAUCUCGCCAAUAAGCCCAUAUUAUCCUGUCGGUAUUUCGAAGCCUGAAGCUAAUGGAAAUGAAUCAACAUAAACCAUAGUAUAAGACAGAGUCUCAGCACCACAUGUAAACUUAUCAAAUAUUGUUUUCUUCGCUUUUGGAUAUGUUGGAUUCCAAAAUUUGGGAAGAACUCUUUAUUUCGUUGAAAUUCCUCCAUAAUAGUAAUAAAUAUCAGCAAUUUUAUCGGUGUAGACACCAUCUUUACCUGUUGACAACAAUCUGUUGCAAAUAUCACAUCUUUGAUAUUAAACAUUUUUAUGUAUUCCAUUGUCUAAAUCAAAAUUUCUCAUUCUGCAUGUAAAUGUGACUAUAUCAGAUAUUCAUGGCCCCAUUAUCUUUUCGGUUGAACCUUUGUUGCUGCAAUUCCAUCUUUGUCAUGUAAAAUUUCUUUUUUUUCAGGCUUUAUCCACAUAGCAUUGUAAUAUUUCUCAGACUGAGACUUAACUGAUGUGCACUAUCCCCUUGUGAUGUUUUUAAAUCAUCUAAUUGUGCCUUAAUCUACAUAGCUCAUUCAAUCUCCACAAUACAUAAAAUCUUUUGAGGGUUCCCAAUUUUAUUGUUAUACUUCUCAUUUUUGUUUUCCUAAAUAUACCAUAUUAUCCAUAAAAAAUCGCUUAAAUCAGAUUUCUUAAGAAGUUUCCAGAAUAAAUAGUCCAUGUUUGCAAAGAGCGAAUCUUUGGAAACACCCAAAAGUUUGAAAGAAUAUUUGAUAGAAUCCAAGUUUGUAACGCUGACGAACAUUAAAAACAAGGUUUAUCAAAAAAAAUUUCAUUUCCACAAAUAUUACAUUGAGCAUCAAGUAUGAUGCGGUUGCCCAAAAGAAAAAGAAGAAAAAAGCAUCACACUUAAUGUCACGAGAUCGUAAUUUUUUUGUGACAUAUAAGCUACCAGAUAUUACUUGACAAACACAAUGUCGCAAUUUAAAGAAGCAUUGUAACUUCCAAUCCUCUAUAUAUUAAUUGAGAAACAUUACAACUUCUUUUGUAGCCACGUGUCAUCAUUAGAAUGAUUUUUAGAAUCUUUAGAGAAAUAGGUUGGUCUAUCUAAUUAUAUAAUAAUUUUUUUUAUUAAGCUAACCAUAAUUUCAUUAUCAAUGUUUUAAUUAUUUUCUUAAAUAGAAGUUAUGAAAUUGCCUAAUAUGACUAAAUUAUAUAUGACGAUUAAUGAUUUUGAAUAACAAAGAUUUGAUAAAAAUUAGUAUAUCUUAUAUCAUAUUUGUUUAAUUUUAAACUAUAAAAAUAAUUUUAACAACCACAUUAACCAUAUAAUAAAAAUUUAUAUUUUUCUGUAUAUGGUAUAUUUUGAACUUUAAAAAACUACUAGAAAUUACUAAAACUGUUAAAAGUCUCACAUUCAAAUUUUAUAAUUCAUGGCUUAAAAUUUUUGGUAUGACAAGAUACAAAUGAUUACAAAGUCAUAUAAGUAAAAUGUCUUAUUUAAUUAAUUAUUAAGAUUAAAAGAUAUAUACAUAUAUAUAUAUAUAUAUAUCAUUUUAAAUUAAACUAUAUACCAUAUAAAAUACAUAAAUAUUGUAAUUUCAAAAUUUACUUUGAACAAUUACUUUUGAUAAAAACUUUGAACAAACAUUGACAACUUAAUUUUUUUUAACUAUAAAUUACUAAGACUAUUAAUCCCACAAUGAAAAUUUUGUUAUCAGUAAUUUAAACUUUUUGUUAUAAAAUAUGAAAAUGAUCAAAAAACAUAUGAGUAGAAAGCAUUAUUUGAUAGACAUUAAUAUCAAAAAUAUACUAUAUAAGUCAAUAUUAUUUAAAUUUAAUUAUAUAUCCUAUCAAAUACAAAUUAUUUUUUGGAUUAAUAAAUUUUAUAUGUUCGCAUCAAUUUAAUUAUAUAUGUAAUAGUUACUGAUUUUUACUUAUUCAAUAUAUAUUUAUUAUUUCAUAAUUAUAGAAAAUAUAUAAUGAUUAAAAUAAUGUAUAUAUAUAUAAUAUUCAUCCCGCGCAAGGCGUAGAUCUUAACCUCGUAAUUAAUAUAAUCCAUACUGAUAUAUUUGAAUGAUAAGAAUAUAACAAGAAAUUCAAUCUAAUAUUUUUUUCAAAAAUAAACAUUGAAUUAAAAUGUAUUUGGCAUAUAAAAAUUUAGAGACAUAACUAUAUAUCUUAUUAAAAUAAAAGUAUUUUAGUUGACAUAAAAUAUUUUAUUCUGGAAAGAUUGAUUUAUUAAUAUAUACAUAAACAUGUUAAUUAGUGUUUUAAUAUAUAAAUGAAUACAUCAAAAAUGGCUAAUGUAGUAAAAAAUAAUUAAUCGAAGAAAAUAGAAAAAAUGAUUGCUAACUACAUGAAGUAAUGACCAUCACAUGGCUAACCAUGCAAACUAAACUAUUGUAUACCUAACUACGUGAUGUAUAUGUUAUGCAUGACAACAUCCUCAACUUAAUGAUGUUAUGUAGUUAACACCACGAGUUUAAUUAUGUUCAUCCAAAAACUGAUGUAGAUAUUAGAGACCGUUUAAAUAUUUCGUUUCAUCAAUUAAAAUAUGAUUGACGCAACCGUAAUUUAACUAAAUGAUAUUUUAACCCACGUUUUAAAAGCGUAAAAAUAUUUUAACAAAAUCUAAUUUACAAAAUCAAUAUGUUUUAACAUUUUUGAUAAGUAGUGUUUUAACAUUUUUAUUUCAGUGUAUUUGAAAAUAUAUAAUUAUAUUAUUUUUUAUUUAUAUUAAAUAUGAAAGUUAUAUAAGAUAUUAUGUAACUUUAUCUUUAAUUAUUUUAAUAUGUUUUCUUACGAAAUUUUAAUAAACUUUGUGUAAUUUGUUUGAUUAAUUAUGUGCUAUAUACUUAUUUGAUACAUUUUUAAAUAGAUGCAAUUUUUUUAUGAAAGUAUAGAUAAAGUAAUUAAUUUUAUAUGAAACAAAGAAAAUGUUAGAGUGAGUAAAUUGACAUGAAAUAAGUUUUAUAAUAAAAAUUGAUCAAAUAAGUAUGUACCACACAAUUAAUCAAACGAAUUACAUAAAUUUUCAUAAGAGUUAAGAAAUAAUUAAAACCCAAAGUUAAAUAAUAUCUUAUAUAACUUUCAUAUUUAGUUAAAUUACCGUCUGACAUCCACAUCAAUUUUUAGAUGAAUGAAAUUAAACUCGUGAUGUUAACUACAUCACAUUAUUAAGUUGAUGGAUGUUGCCAUGGAUAAUAUAUACUUCGUGUAGUUAAGUAUAUAUUAAUUUAAUUAGCAUUGUUAGCCAUGUGAUGACCAAUACUACAUGUAGUCAACAAUCAUUUUUCCUAUUAUAUAACAUAUUAUUUUGAUUGGUCUUAUAUCUAAUUAGAUCUAGCUUAAAUGUUACAAACUGAACGAACACUCAUACAAACACAUGUUUUUGUAACCAUUACAUUCUUCUGUUGUGAAAAAUUUCAUAUGUCUAUGUUAUUAAAACAAGGAGAAAUUUCAUGUUUAUCACUUUCAUGGUACUAUUUUUCAUAUUUAUCACAACUAAAAGAACAUUUUCAAAAUAUCUUAUUCAUCAAGUGACAAACGACUCUUAUACUUUUGUUAUUUAUAUAUAUAAUAAAUUAUUUAAAUAAAUUAAAAAACAAAAAAAUAAUAAUAUAAGAAAAUAAUAUUUUUUAUAUUUUUGAAUUAUACUUUUUCAAAUUCGAACUUUUUAAUUUUUUUCUUGAAUAUUUUUUUCGAAAUGUUUUCUUCCUUUUUCCAAAGUUCUUUUUGAAAAUCAAAAAUUUUGUUUGAAACUAUUUUUUAAAAUAUUUUUUAAGUAUUUAUUUAUAUAUUUAUUAUAAUCCUAAAUUUCACAUUCUAAAAACCUUACUACAUCCCUUAACUCUAAACCAUAAGUCUAUAUUAACUAGUUUUAUGAGUGUAAAUGUCUUCUCCCCUUUAUUAAAAGUGAAGGUAAAAAGUUAGUGUAAACAUGAAAAGUAGUAUUAUGAAUAAUAUAUGUGGGAAUUUUCCUUAAAACAAACACCCACAUAUGUACACAGGUCAACUUCUAGUAUUCCUUAAACAUAAUGAUAUGAAACUUUAACCAAUGAACAUACACUACUAUUUACAAUCUAUUUUCUCAUUUUUAUUAUAAAUAUUAAGUUUUAUUAAAUUUUAAUUAUAUAAUUCAGAAUUAUUUAUAUUUACACGAUUUCAGUUUAAUGUGCAUCAAUUUUUUUUAAUAAAUUAAUUAUAAAUAAAUUCAUAAAUAAACUUAUGAAAGAAGUCUGCUAGGAAACAUCAUUGUUUCGUGCAGAAUCUUAAGAUUACAAAAUCGAAAAAGAUAAUUUCAAUUUUUAUAUUUGAUCAUAAAGUAGUAGUUGAAAUUUUAAUAUCUCUUUUUUUUUUUUAAAGUUGAUUUUAUUAUGAUAUGAGAAAUAUAACAUCUAACCUAUACUAAAAGGGUUAUAUGAGGAGUAGUGAGUGUGUCCACGUAGGACAAUUAAAUCGGCCAAUAGGAGAACAGCCCUCUGCCAAGUCACCUCUGCUUGUGACAAAGCAAUAUCACGGUUCUGGUGAACCCGAUUUCACAAACCCUAAUCCCACAAUUGAAUCGUAGAUCGAUUCCCUUUCACUCGCUUCAUCUUCUCCGUUUCCCUUUUUCGCGAUCUUCAUCACCACUGACAAUCAAACUUUCUCUUUACUCUCAUCUUUAAUGUCUUUCGUUUCACUUCCCUCUCCAUCUAUUUCUUAUAAACCUUUUCACCAUUUCCUGGUUCCAAUCAAAAUCCAGAGAAUCCUCUCAGGAAGCCAAAUCCGCAUGAAAUUGAAUGGCAAAUCCCCACCGAUCAGACAUACCGGCUAAACCGGUGUCUCCUCCACCAACUCUGUCUCCGGCGAUUCAGACUCCUCUGAAAACACACAAAGUCAACCUUUUGAUUUCUAUGGAGCCAAGUUGAUAUUAUUGAUGGUGGCUAUCGUUGGAGAAAAUAUGGCCAAAAAGCGGUCAAGAACAACAUGUUCCCCAGGUUCUUAUUCCUUCAUCCCCUUAUUAGCUUAGUUACUCCUCCCAUUUCAUCUAUAUAUACUGUAGUACUGGACACAUAUGCUUGUGCUAAUCUCGAACCAAGAUCGAGUCUAUAUUGAUUGUAACUUGCAGACUUCAAACUAUUGUCUCAGAUGAUCUUUAUAAUCCCCAAAAAGCUUAAAGCGGGCAAUGGAGUGAACCUUGAAACAGCAAAUGGGCGACACAAUUUCAAAAAUAAGAAAUUUUCAGAUCCGGCUACCGUCACUAAAUGGAAAGAUGAAAGAAUGAAAGCUUUUUAUACUGAAGAAACACCGUUUCAAGUUCUCCAUGGUCAUACUGGAGAUGUCUUGGACUUGGCAGGGUCAGACUCAAAUUUGCUUCUUUCAGCUUCUAAAGACAAGACAGUUCGGCCAUGGAGAGUUGGUUGUGAUGAGUGUCUUCAUAUCUUCUAUCAUAACAACUACAGAGGAGGAGGAAACUACAUGAUCAACAGAUCAAUGACGUUCACGGGAGUAUCAGACCACCACCAUCUAACUCAAAGAAGCCCGAAUGACGAAGACAAUCUAUCAGAUGAUGGGUCCCAUAUGAUGUUAGGAGGGACGAAGAAGAGGCUGAAUUUAGAGCAAGUUAGGGCAUUAGAGAAGAUCUUCGAGCUAGGGAACAAGUUGGAGCCUGAAAGGAAGAUGCAGCUAGGUAAGGCCUUAGGGUUGCAGCCUAGGCAGAUUGCGAAUUGGUUUCAGAACAGGAAAGCUAGGUUGAAGACAAAGCAGCUUGAAAGAGACUAUGAUACUCUGAAGAAACAGUUCGAUGUUUUGAAAUCGGAUAAUGAUUCUCUUCUAGCACACAAUAAGAAACUCCAUGAUGGGUUCCAUAGAUGUCAAAGCUCGAAUCUGGGGUUUAUCAGAACAGAGGGUCGUCGCUUGGACCGAUGCUCAUGACUCCAUUUCAGCAAGUUACCAACACAACGGAAAUCCUUCUAAUUUUUUACGCUUCGGAAAAAGCAAGAUAUUUAUCGAGUUACUGAUCAGAGUUUAACCAUUUCUUUCUUGCACAACUCUGUUGGAGAGUGGUUGGAACAGAUGGGGCAGCAAGAAAUAUUUUUUUUGUUGGAUCCAUUGCUUUUCAGGAUGUAGCACACAAGGUCUCUGCCCUUAAAGUUUUUCUUAACAGGGGAGACAUGGCAAGACUUAAGGAGAUUCAAGAAGCUGUCUUACAAAUGAGCGCACCAAAGGCUCUGG